AGUCUAUCACUCUACAGCACAUGCAAAUUAUGAAGUUAAAUUACUUAAAAAAUUUUGUUCAUUUUUUGGUCUUGUAUGACGCUUGGCCUUGCUUCAUUGUUGUUUUUCAAAGCGCCCCUAACUGUUAGUCUCUUACAGACGUUUUUCUGCUAGUUUUUAACUCUUCAAUACUCUUGGGAAUGUCCUACAUAUGUAUAUAUAUUUUCCUUGUCAUAGUAUAAGCUUUUUUUUUUUUUUUUGGCUGGGCAGAAUGUUCAUCAUUCAGGCAUCCCAAUGCCAGGUGAGGAGCAGGAGGACAUUGUGAUGACCAGUACCGAAAGCAAUAUUCUCAAUAAAACUUGCCCAGUGACUGGGAAGCCAGUCACUGAACUAGCAGACCCAGUGCGAAGCAUGGACUGCAAGCAUGUUUAUGACAAGAACGCUAUCAUGUAUCACAUGAGAUCCAUGAAAUCCAAGUGUCCUUGUCCUGUAGCAGGUUGCCCUAAAGAGUUGCAGGUGCAUAGAUUGAUAUGUGACCCUCUGUUGUUAGUAGAAAUUGAAGAAAUGCGCACAAUGAGCAAAGGAACUGCUCAACCUGGGGUUAUAGAAGAUUUUACUGGGUGACGAAAAUGACCUAUCAAGGUUUGGUAAUGGUAGCAAGAUUUAUUAAUUUCAGAUAUUUCUUCCAAACUCCCUGAAAUUUCCCGAUCAAAUUUUGAAACUGUAACGUAGAAUGUUCCUCUGCCACUUUGACAGUGAUGGAGGUGUUAAAAACUUAAAGGGCCUUAUUUUUCUUGUUUGGUGCUUUUAAAUCUGACUAGCAGUUUCAGGAUGGGUUACUGAAAGUGUCUCUGGUUGUAUUGCCAACUUCAUGCACUUCAGUUUGAAAAGAGAGUUUGUCCA